CGGAGGAAGGGGAAUCUGGGCAACAUGGCGGCCGUCAAGAGAAAGUGGCGUGGAGGAGGGGGGCCAGAGGCUAAGAGGCCGAAAGGAAAAGGAAAAAAGGCUGGAGCGCCGGCCAAACAGCCCUCUCCAGCCCCAAAGAAGGCAGAGGAAGAGGAGGAGUACCGCAUCCCGGGCCCCGUCUCCAAGGGUAAAUGGAAGAAUAAGGAAAGAGUUCUUAUCUUCUCAUCAAGGGGAAUAAAUUUCAGAACAAGACACUUGAUGCAAGAUUUAAGAACAUUGAUGCCUCAUUCUAAAGCGGAUAACAAAAUGGACCGGAAAGACAAGUUGUUUGUAAUUAAUGAGGUCUGUGAAAUAAAGAACUGCAAUAAAUGUAUCUAUUUUGAAGCCAAGAAAAAACAAGAUCUCUAUAUGUGGCUUUCAAAUUCACCUCAGGGGCCAUCAGCUAAGUUCUUAGUUCAAAAUAUUCAUACUUUGGCAGAGUUAAAGAUGACUGGAAACUGUUUGAGAGGUUCACGUCCUCUUCUGUCUUUUGAUCCUACUUUUGAUGAAUCUCCACAUUAUUCUCUGAUAAAAGAACUCCUUAUUCAGAUUUUUUGUACUCCACAAUACCAUCCCAAGAGCCAACCAUUUGUUGACCAUGUGUUUACCUUCACCAUUAUGGACAAUAGGAUCUGGUUUCGUAACUAUCAGAUCAUAGAAGAAGAUGCUGCUCUCGUAGAAAUUGGACCUCGUUUUGUUUUAAAUCUCAUAAAGAUUUUCCAAGGCAGUUUUGGGGGACCAACUUUAUAUGAAAAUCCACACUACCAGUCACCAAAUAUGCAUCGACGUAUAGUGAGAAUGGCCACAGCUGCAAAAUACAGAGAGAGACAACAAGUCAAAGACGUACAGAGGCUCAAGAAGAAAGAAGAUAGAACUAUUAUUCCAGAAGAUCCCACUGAUGAUGUCUUUAAGACGCCAGCUGAAGAAAAGCCAGUGGAAAUACUGUUUGUGAAACCAGAGCCCAAAGUCAGUUUGAAAACAAGAAAGAAAAAGAUAUACAAAAGACAAAGAAAAAUGAAGCAGAAGGCUUUGAAGACUAAGAAGGCAGAGUAAAUCUGUGGAAAACAAAUGUUUUCCAUUAUUUUGUAUUCAUUUUGCAUUCAGUAUGUAAAUACUCUUUUGUUAUUCAGGACUUUGAUACUUGUUUAGUGGACUGAUAAACAAAUAUAGGCCCAAAAAUGUUUGAUAGAAAAUUAUUUUGGUCAUCUCAUUUUUUUUCAAUAAAAUAAAAUACCAGGAGAGUCCAAGGGUACAUUUAUUUUUCUUAUGACGUUUUGGGGUAAUUCAGAAUUAAUAACUUAGUAGCAACUAAAAGUGUUUAAAAUGUGCUUUCAAAGGAUUUAAUUGCAUAGCACUGUUAAGGCAAUAUUCUUUAGUGUUUUAAAACUGGCUUAAGAUUCAAACACGUUUUAUUGAGCUAAAAGUGCUUAAUUAUUAGCAUUCAGCAUUUAUUAAAUGCUUUUUAUGUGCCAGGCAUUGUGUUAAAACAUAAGGGGAUACCAAAAAAAGCCAAAACAGUCCCUGCUUUUGAGGUGCUUACGUUAUAAUGGGGGGAGGGGGAGGUUACAUAUAUAAAUCAGAAGACACAAGGCAAAUACAGAUGAGCUGGAAGGAAACUUAGAAGGGAUAGUCUAGCAGGCAGGGGCCUAGAAAAGGCCUGCUGGACGUGUUGCACAUGAGCCGAGUCUCAGAAAGCCAGGCAUUCCAAGAGUCGGAGUUCAGGAGGGCAGGAGCAUUGCAAGCAUGGAAAACAGCCAUUGGGAAGAUGGAGUAUAUACAUACAUAUAUGUGUGUAUACUAUACAUAUGCAUAUGUAUAUUUGUGUGUGUGUAUAUAUAUAUCUGUAUGUAUAUAUACACAUGUAUAUGUGUACAUGUAUGUAUUUGUCUCCUGCACUAUAAAACCUUUACCUCUCUAUUAGC